UUCUUCUUUUUUCUGAGCAGAGAAAGAUGAGGCUUUGAACAGGAUGCAAAAAGAAGUCAUGAAGGCAUUGGAAACCAGGAAGCUGAAUGCCAGCAGUACACUGAACAUUGUGCCUGAGAAACCUUUACACAGCAACAUAACAAUGAAGGUCACCGUGAGGCAGAGAAACACCAAUUUAGGUGAACUCAACCCACACCUUUUGAAAUCGGUCCAGGAAUUAGGUAAGCUGAAACCUGAAGAGGUCCUGCAAAUCAAGUGGAAUGACACGUCUGAACUGAAAAAGCUGUACAUGCUGGCCAAUUUGCUACAGAUGGCACUCAGAGAACAAGUUACAGAAGACUUGAUAAGUUACAUUCUUAUCAUUCUGAAACAUGUCAGGGAGUCAAGCCAGCAAGACCGCUCUCUGCAUGAGGAAGAAACAGCGGCUCCCAGUACCACCACCACCACCACUACCACCACCACUACUACCACUAGCACCACUAGUCCCAUUAGUCAGAGUUUGCUGCUGGAGGGUAGGUCCAGCUCUUCCCAAAAUGAACCUAGUGAAGGAAACUCAGAGCAGACAUCACAGAAUGCACCAUUAAUGUCAAAGGAGGCGCUGCUCAACCAGCUCACGCGUGGAACUCAGGAAGGUGGUGUGCCCCAAAUCCCAGGAGAUAACGCAGAGGCACCCCAAAUCCCAGGAGAUGACACAGAGGCCUCCCAUGAGACACACUGGGAGCAUCAUGAAGUGAAGACCACUGCUCGCCACAAGCUGAACAUCUUGCCCACUGAUGAUGACUACUUGCUUCAAGGGGACCUUUUUGAAGCUGAGCUGAACAAGCGGCUAUCGCCCCUUAUCCCAAACACACCAGUGAGGAACCUCAUAUCCCACACACUCCGUAUCCUCAAAAUGGACUGUACAGUGUCCAGGGUCCAGUUGGCCUGUGCUACGCUAAUCUCCAGAACAGGUCUCCUCAUGAAACUAUUCAGUGAGAGAGAAAACUUCAUGGAUAACUCCGCAUUGUGGAAGUCAUACUUCUUGUCUAUGAAGUAUGUCUCCAACUUGGCCACAGGAAGUCCAAGAAAACUGGGGAAAUCUGAAAUUGGAAGCCAGGGAAUCCCAGAAUAUGGCUAUGGCAAAAAGCUGUUGUUUGCUAUUUCAGUGACUGCAGUGAUAAUAAUCAUCAUUUCAGUAAUUGGGCUGAUUGAGUCUUCCGGUGCAGGUUCUUCAAUGCUCGAUAAGCCUCUUUGGCUCAAGUAUAUGUACCAGCUUCUGGAUGAAGUACGGAAAAAGAGCAUGGUGGACAAAAUGCAUGAUGAAGAAUCCUCUGAAGACGAGGAUAUAUUCAGCUGGGCAAGAGUUCCCGGAGCUCCACCAGGUCCACCAAGCCCAUCACCAGUAGAACAACCGCCUUCAAGAAGGCCCAGCUCAAGAAAAAUGACCUUUCUGUGCAGAAAGAAGAAAGGUGCAAAACGGUAUGAUGAAGAAUCUAAGAUCCAGACUUCUAAGACUUCGAAGGUCCAGGAUAUAUUCAGCGGGGCAAGGUCACAAAUGACUGCACCGUCCCCUGCUAGAAAGCCCAGUUCCAAGACACUGUCUGCACAUCCGUCCCACUUUGCACCUCAAUCCGCACCUCCAUCUGUACCUCCAUCAAUGCCCAUGUAUAUGUCUCCGUCCGUACCUCCAUCCUUACCUCCAUCCGUACCUCCAUACAUAACUCCGUACGCCCCUCCAUCUGCAACUCCAUCUGUACAUCCAUACGUACCCCCAUCAGUAUCUCCAUCCAUCCAUCAGUCCGUACCUCUAUCUGUACUUCAGUCUGUACCUCCAUCCGAAUAUCAGUCCGUACCUCCGUCUGCACCUCACUCCGCACGUCCGUCUGUACAUCAGUCCGCACCUCCGUCCGCACCUCCCUCUGCACCUCACUCCGCACGUCCGUCUAUACCUGCACCUGUGGAAGGAGCUCCGCACACACCAUCACCAAAAUCAUCAUUGACAAAGCCCCCCAGUGAAGCUUCAAAACGAGGAUCGACGGCAGAAGGUGGCGCUAGCACAGAGUCAAAGAAAGCAAGUUCGGGUGCAGGAAGCCAAGCUGGAGGAAGCCAAGCUGGAGGAAGCCAAGCUGGAGGAAGUGAAGGUAGAGGAAGCGCAACGGAAGAAGAUUGACCUUUGUUCGCUUGUAAAUAAUGUUAUAUUAUCUGUAGAGCUCUGUACAAAGUUCUGUUAUUAUUACUAUUAUAAUACUAUUAUUAUUAUUAAAUACAUAACUCCAAAAGACA